AUGUAAAUAAAGAUUAGAAAUUAUCAAUAUAGUGGUAGUAUAAUUAAUUACAAAACACCACAAUUUAUGAUUCGAAAAUCAAACCAACUAUCAAAUAAACUUUAGGCUUCUUCUCCUGAAAAAAAAAAAUUAGAAAAAUCUCCUCAAGCAUCAAUCAGUAAAAUUAAUUAUAGAAAUGCAAAAGUGAAAACAUUAAGCCUAAACCAAGAAUUGAAUAAUUAAACAUUUAUUUGCUAAAAGCCUAUUUUAUAUAAUUGUGAUAUUAAUGAUGAUACUUAUAUAGUUAAUUAAAAGCCAACUAUAAAAAAUAAAAAAAAAAGGUUUAUUCCCUAAAAAACAAAAAAUCAAGAUACAACGUUAUUUUCCGAUCGCAUGAUAAUAGGCUAAUAAUUUAGAAGGUUUUCAGUGGAAAUAAAUGAUUCACGCAGAAGUAAAAAUAUAAAAUAUGAAAACCAAAAAUUAAAAUUAAGAGCUCAAACAAAAGACUUACAAGUUGAGCCUAAGGGUUGGACUUAUAAAAGUUCCAAAAGUCUCUUAUGA